CCAGAACUCCAACAACGAAUUUAUGUCGAUUCUAACGAAGAAGUAGUAGCUAAGUGCAAACCAAAAGAGACUGAAAGAAUAAAAGCUACAAACUUCAACGAAAUUAUAUCAAUUCUAACAAAAAAGGCUCAACUACAUAUCUAG